AUGUUCGCCAACUCUCUCAGACAAGGUCUCCGAACCGCUUCUCGUUCAUCCGCGAGAGCAUUCUCCACUCUCCCUGCUAGAGCAGCUGCUCGACCUACCUUAGGUGCAGGUGUAGCUAUGGGCGCUGCUGUCGCUGGAUUUGCCAUGUACGAGGUAUCAAAAUCCCCCAUCCUCCUCGAGUCUAAGACUAUCGCUGGUGAGAAAGGUACCGUCACCGAGAGAUCUUUCGUCAUGAUCAAACCCGAUGGUGUCUCUAGACAACUCGUCGGAAAGAUCAUCUCCCGAUUCGAAGAGAGAGGUUACAAACUUGUUGCCAUCAAAUCUCUUACCCCCUCUCCUGCUCUCGCCAAGGAACAUUACUCUGAUCUCUCAGCUAGACCCUUCUACGGUGGUUUAGUCAAGUACAUCACCUCUGGUACUCCCGUCGUGGCCAUCGAGUACGAGCCCAUUGCUUGGCCUUGGGUGAUGGCCGAUAACUAG